AGCCAACCCUGGGAGAGUCAGAGCACAUCCGGUGUUAGAAGAGGUGGUGGGCUCCUGAGAGGCUGGUGAAGAAGAGCGGAGGCUGUGUCACACAGACUCUGGAACCAUGAACAUAUUUGAUAGGAAGAUCAACUUUGAUGCACUCUUAAAAUUUUCCCAUAUAACCCCCUCAACACAGCAGCACCUGAAGAAGGUCUAUGCAAGUUUUGCCCUCUGUAUGUUUGUGGCAGCUGCGGGGGCCUAUGUCCAUGUGGUCACUCAUUUCCUUCAGGCUGGCCUGCUCUCGGCCUUGGGCUCUCUGGGGUUGAUGAUUUGGCUAAUGGCAACACCUCAUAGCCAUGAAACUGAGCAGAAAAGACUGGUACUUCUUGCUGGAUUUGCUUUCCUUACAGGAGUUGGCUUGGGCCCUGCUCUGGAGUUGUGCAUUGCCAUCAACCCUAGCAUCCUUCCCACUGCCUUCAUGGGCACAGCAAUGAUCUUCACCUGCUUCACCCUGAGUGCACUGUAUGCCAGGCGCCGUAGCUACCUCUUUCUGGGAGGUGUCUUGAUGUCAGCCAUGAGCCUGAUGCUCUUGUCUUCCCUGGGGAACCUUUUCUUUGGAUCCAUUUGGCUUUUCCAGGCAAACCUGUAUGUGGGUCUGGUGGUCAUGUGUGGCUUUGUCCUUUUUGAUACUCAGCUUAUUAUUGAAAAGGCCGAAAAUGGAGAUAAGGAUUAUAUCUGGCACUGCAUUGACCUCUUCUUAGAUUUCAUUACUCUCUUCAGAAAACUCAUGAUGAUCCUGGCUAUGAAUGAGAAGGACAAGAAGAAAGAGAAGAAGUGAAAUGACCAUCCAGCCUUUCCCAAUUUGACUUUCUCUCCUUCCAUCCCUCAUUUCCUCUUUGCACACAUUACAGGUGGCGUGUUCUGUGAUAAUGAAAAGCAUCAGAAAAGCUUUUGUACUUUGUGGUUUUCUCUAUUUUGAAUUUUUGAUCAGAAAACUGAUUAGCAGAAUAUAGUUUGGAGUUUGGCUUUGUC